AUGAUGGGAUUUCUCACACUCGUCUCGCAGACGCUGUCGAUCCGUCUCUUUUCAUUCCUAUUAUUCAUCUUGUAUGCCAGUGCAGUACCCCUUGCUACCACCAACACCCGACCCAGCUAUCACAUCACGCCUGAGAAGAAAUGGAUGAAUGAUCCCCAACGUCCGUUCUUCCUGGGGGACGAAUGGCAUUUCUACUACCUAUACAACUCCAACUUUGAUAGCUCAAACCCCGGCUCAGGGGGGACGGAAUGGUAUCACAUCACAAGCACCGACAUGGUACACUGGACUCGCCGGGGCGUGGUAUUGGAGAAGUACAAACCAAACCCUCCCAGUAGCAUUAUACUCGGUGACAUCGAGACCGGCAGCGCCGUGGUCGACGUAAACAACACGGCUGGCUUUGGCCGGAGUGCCGUUGUGGCCAUCGUUACACAGAUGGCAGAUGGGGUGCAACAGCAGUCUCUUUUCUAUUCCACCGACAAUGGGUACAGCUUCACCCCUUAUCAAGGCAAUCCCAUAAUGCCAAACCCAAGCCCAAGUGCAAAACCUGCGUUUCGAGACCCCAAGAUCUUCUGGGAUGACAAAGAGGGGCAUUGGGUUAUGUCUCUCGCAGAGGGUGACAAGAUUGGUUUCUACACCUCUAUAGAUCUCAAGACCUGGGCGUACGUAUCCGAGUUUAAGCCUGAGAACGCUGGCGUAGACCUGGGCAUCCUCGAAUGCCCAGAUCUAUAUCAGAUCGACCUAGACGGCGACAGCACAAAGCGCACCUGGAUCCUCGCAUUAGGCGCCAACGGUUAUCGCUACAAUAGGACAACCGGUACUGCAUAUUGGACCGGGAAAUGGGACGGCAACGGCUUCACAGCUACAGAAAGCUUUCCGCAAUGGAUGGAUGACGGGCCUGAUUUCUACGCCACGGUCAGCUGGGAAAAUCCUGGUAACAGAUACGGCAGCCGGUAUGCCAUUGCCUGGAUGAAUAGCUGGGAUUACGCAGCUUCGCUCCCUUAUUACUCGGAUUUUGCUGGCCAGGACAGUUUAGUCCGGGAGGUCAAGCUCAAGACCAUUAACGGUUCUCCCACCUUGGUCAGCAUCCCAAUAGGAGGAUAUGGAGAGAUUUUCGCAUCUCCCAAGUCCGUAAGCGACAAGACCAUCACAACGGAUCCUGCGUCUGCAUCCCUUCCCAGCGGCAUGGAGCAAGGGGCAUACGUCAUCCGCGCCACCAUCUCCAAGAAUGACGGCGACAAGGGUAACGAGGUCCGCUUUAUCAUCAAGUCCGACGGGGCCUUCAGCACCACUGUCGGCUACGACUUUGUGCAUUCCCAGGCAUUUCUGGUCAGAGACUCAGACGGUUCCGCGACGGAUUCCAUGGCUGCGGGUCCGAAGCAGGCGUACGAUACCGUGCGCACGGCGCCGGAUCCGACAGGAGGGAGUACGGUCAAGCUGGUCAUAUACGUGGAUUGGAAUUCGGUGGAGAUAUUUGUGAACGACGGUGAAGCAGUGUUAUCGGGGCUGAUUUAUCCGAAUCAAGAGGCGAACGGCGUUCAGGUUGUGUCGGAUAUAGGAAGUUUGACGUUGGUUUCAUUUAGCUAUGCGGCUUGUGACAGUAUUGACUACAGUUAA